AUUCCCAACAAAGCCACCAUAGAGUUGCAAUGCAUAAGUUAUUUCCCAGAAUUGUAAGGCAAUGAGAGUUAUGACAGUUUGUAGUCGGCGCUCAACCCGCACGCCUUUCCUGGCUGUUGUGUUGUCUGAGGGGGGUACCCAACCAGUGAGUCAUCUUGCGCUAGCUUCACCUAAGCAGACCCUUGCUUUACCCCAUAAGUUACCUCAAUGAUCGCUAAUUCUCAAAAUAUUUAACCAAACAAUAUUUUCACUCACGGUUUUAGCUAACGUUACCCCAUAGCUAUGUGUUGGUGUUUGGCGUCGGAAACUCAGUGAAGAUGUCUUGCUAUCGUUAAAUAGCUAACGUUAGCCAACUAACUUAGCUUGCUAAUUAGGUAGCUAGCUCCUUCUGUAACGUUGAGCUCGCUUAGUAUUCAGACAUUAUUGUAGUUAACUAGGGCAAUGCAGUCUAAGUGCACUGAAUAAUACUGCAUUUGAAGUGAGCUCUAACAAGCUAGGUAGAUAGGCCUUCACGUCCAGGCAGCUUUAGCCCCUCACUUCUAGGCAACUUUAGCGGGCGCUUUGCAUGGAGACUAGAGUACUUAUUUGUAGAGUAGAGGGAUCACACGAUCGAUCAACUGUGUGUAUAGGGCUUUGCCACCUGAUGAUUUGGGUGGGUGUAGUCUUCUCACACCCCUCAUCCUGAGUGAACCCCCUUGAUGCGCCCCUGUACCCCCAAACACACACGCAUUCAAUCCACGCACCGGCGAUGACACACCAUCCCAACAACUCAGUUCGAGACCACAUGAAAUGGGCUGGGUUGCUGGGCUGUGAGGCGGUGCUGUCCAGCAUGGCCCUGAUGCAGGCCAACAACAUGUCUGGGGGACAAAAGAAGAUGUCACAGCAUGACCAGGGCCAGAGGGACAUCAACAACCCUGAGAGCCACCAGCAGCAGUCUCACCAAUCACACCAUGGACACCACAACAAUCACCAGUCCCACCACAGCCACAUGGUCCUGCCCUUGGGGGUCAGCUGCCCACCCCUGUUUAUUAGAAAGGAUGGACACUCAUUUCACGCACCCAGGCUGCUGGAUGAGAAAGAUAUGCAGGCCAGCCAGAACACACAACCGACAAAAAAGAAGCACAGAAAAUCAGCGACACCCAACAAGCUGAGAGAGAAAGUGGAGCAGGUGGAGAUGAAUAUUAAUGGGGGUGAUGAUGAUCAUAAUUCACAAGUACAGAAGAACUUUAUCUGUGAGCACUGCUAUGGAGCAUUCCGGAGUAGCUACCACCUGAAGCGGCACAUUCUCACACAUACAGGGGAGAAGCCAUUUGCGUGUGACGUGUGUGACAUGCGCUUUAUUCAGCGAUACCACCUGGACAGACACAAGAGAGUUCACAGUGGCGAGAAGCCCUACCAGUGUGAUCGCUGCAAUCAGAGUUUCUCGCGGACGGACCGUCUGCUACGUCAUCGCCGUCUGUGUGGGGUGGGAAGGAGCAUUCCCAAGGAGGAGAACCAGUCAUUCUCCUGCGAGGGCAGAGGAGGAGCCUACUCCCAGGAUGCACCUGGGCACACGGCCGCCUGGAGCCCCCUACAGCAGCAGAACAGCCGUCUGGCUGUCUGACCUUGAACCGCUGACCCUCUCACAGACAGCAGUCCUCAGCUCAGUGGCACCAUAUACUGGAGCAGACCAGUACUGCAUUCUCCCUCAGCCCAGAUAAACCUGGCUAAGACAAAGACACCAAACCUUAAGUUGUUCUCACCAGCUAGCUCAUAUCCUGUUGAUGGGAUAGUGGAUUAUUUUCUACUUUUGUAAUAACUUUUGAAAUAAUUGUUACGUACAUGGUACUUAACAGAAGGGGAAGCCGAGACCUCGGGUGAGGUGGGAGGAGUUUGAGCAAGCUGUCAUAUUACUACGGCAAUAAUGAAUUCAUUAACUGACAUGUUUUAGCCUCAAUUGGACAAGUAUUUUUUUUUGACUGGAGACUUAAAGUGUGCUGCUGACCACUCUGCCUGGAUAGAAUUCGGCCCCCCCACCUAGCUCCAUUGAAAAUGAAUGGGAAACUCCACCGCCACUUCCUGCCUGGAAAGCCCUUUAAUGUGAGGUUGGUCUGGUCAUACCAAUAUGAACAACUGGUUUAGCUUUUUUUUUUACCAUUUGAUUGUAUGUGUACGCUUACCAUUGGACAAUACUGAUCAGUAACCCAGGACACUCUUCCUGAUCCACUAGCAGCCUCAGUGGCCAAGCACAUCAUACUAUGGACAUUAAGUAUUUGAAGGACAAUGUUAAACACACAAAUCCUCGUGGCCUUGAACUACUCAGAUUCAUUCCAGUUGGUUCUGUUACUACUAGCUUAACAGUUCCUGGUCUGACUUGUUAGUGAAUGGCCGUAGCCUAAUAGACCUGUGUAACUAGCUGAUCCUACCUUGAUAUUGAGAUAAUUGGGUAGUGGACACAUUUCUUGUUCUCCGUUGUUAGUGUUAUUUACAUCCAUCCAGUCCUUGUUAUGUUUGACUCAAUUCUGUCUAAAGAUAUUGAACUUUCUAAUUUGCUACACUGGUCAGAUGUUUAACUCUAGAACCUCUCAUAGCUACCGUUUGGGGAUAGUGACCAUGGAAAUGGAAUUACUCAUGUCCAUUCUAGUAUUCUAUUUCUAUCUAAGUGAUCUUGUAGUAUUUUUGUUGUUGUGAAUAAUCGGGUGUUUUUUUUUCUUUCUCAAAGGACAUCUGUGCAUGUAAGCCUACUCUAUAUUCAUUCAGACUCUAUGAAGAGUACCAAUAGUUUUAUUGUCCUUCAUUGUUAUCAAAUGUCCUGAGUAUGUCGUUCCAUCUUGUCAUAUUUCUGGUGUUAUUUUAAAGAAGGGGUAAUCUCA